UUAAGAAGUUUGAAGUCAUGAAGUAGAAAUAGGUGAAAAUAAAAAUAAAAUGUGAAACCAGGUAAAAUCUAGUAAAUCUAGAUAACCAUUAAGGAUGACAGAAUUCUUCUCAGCUAGCAGAAAAGAACCUGCUUGCGGUUACCAACUUAUUUGUCAUUGAACAUAUAAGACAUUGAUGACCGCCGCGUUACUUUACUUUAACAGUUGCGAUCCUAACCUCAUAGUUCGUGACAGGCAGAUUUUGGUGUUGUUUAGUCGUGUUGCAAUUGCGCUCAAGACAGUAGAAAGAAUUAUUCCUAAAAAUGGAAUGUUUAAUCGGAAUACAAUUUAAAGAUUUUGUUUUAGUUGCGGCUGAUAUGACUACAGCUCAAUCUAUUAUGGUUAUGAAAAACGAUGAAGAAAAAAUUCACAAAAUGUCUGAUAAGCUUAUUAUGGCAGUAUCUGGAGAAUCUGGGGAUACUACACAAUUUUCAGAAUAUAUAGGAAAAAAUAUACAGCUUUACAAAAUGAGAAAUGGCUAUGAAUUAUCUCCAAAAGCAGCUGCCUCUUUCACCAGAAGAAACUUAGCAGAUUAUCUUAGAAGUAGAACACCAUAUUUUGUCAAUUUAUUAAUGGCUGGCUAUGAUGUAAAUAGUGGACCAGAAUUGUACUUCAUUGAUUAUCUAGCAUCAUGUGUUAAAGUGCCCUAUGCAGCGCAUGGCUAUGGAGGCUUUUUCUCCCUUUCCAUUUUAGAUAGAUAUCACAAAUAUGAUUCAACGGAAGAAGAAGCAUACAUACUAUUGAAAAAAUGUGUCAGGGAAAUACACAAGCGAUUAAUAGUUAAUCUUCCAAAUUUUAAGGUACAAAAGGUAUCUAAGGAAGGUAUAAAAGAAUUGGAACCUAUCACAGCAAAGAACUUGGCUAUUGAAGAUGCUGAUAAGGCAUAAAGUAUCUAUUUUUAUUCAUACUAUUUGUAAUAUUAUUCGCAAUUCAAAGAAUAAAUGUUUUAAAAUGAGGUAA